CGGAUCAGGUGACGCAGUGCAAUGUGAAUGCUUUUCUUUUAUUUAUUAACUGUCUGUGUUUACAUUUACUUGAUACGUGGACAUUGUGUCAUAGAUCUUGCAUGCAGUUUUGUAUUCUUUGUGAACAGCUCGUGAGAAGCUUAACUAGAGUGACAAAAAAAACUCCAAGAUUUGUAAACAAGAGGCACUUACGAAGUUUCUGAAGAGACGUCGUCCAUUCGGGUCGCCAUGGGACAGUCAUCCAGCACAAAGGAGCUAGCAGGGGACGACAACUGUGAGAACAUCGAGUACCAGGGACUCUUCAGCGACAUGGAGCUGGAGGAGAUUGGCCAAACGUACCAGACAAUCUGCAAACUGGGCAAGGGGGACGGGGAGACGGCUAGUGGGUUUAGUCUGCUGCAGCUACAGAAUUUCAUCGGAGGGAAACUCCCCGCCUCAAUCGUCAGCCGCCUGCACAGGCAGCUUGAGGCCAAAGAUGAGGCGGGGAUAACCCGUAAUACCUUCGUGGACACCAUGGCGUGCCUGAUGAAGGGAACGCUGGAGGAACAGAGCAAGUUGCUGUUUGCGCUCGUCAGUGACGAGGAGGCCGCUGCCAUGUCGAUAGGUCAAGUGUCAGAGCUGAUAGGUUCCAUGUUGAAAUCCUACGAGGAGGCUCUGAAAACCUACAAUAGGAUGAACGGCUGGGAACUGACGUGUACACCGGAAGCCAACCAGAAAUUCAUUGACUUGGUCUUGGAACACUUGAGCUCAGAUGGGACCAAACCAGCAGCAGAGACCAAAGUCAGCAGAGAGGACUUUGUGCGUUGGCUGCAGCGUACUCCGUUGGUGCAGCAGAUUUUCGCCGACGUGUUCCACCUGUGCUUCACAGCUGCUCCAAAAUCACCCGCAGCAACUGCCUCAGCAGACACAGACACCUCGGUCCUCCAUCACCUACCCAGCCUGCCCCGCUGUGUAGACGCCAAUUGGCGCAAACACCGCACCCAGCUUGACAUUCCCACCCUCCUCAUCCUCAAUCGCCACGCCCCCCACCACCUACGCGACCAGUGGAGGUUUCUGUACUCCUCCGGCUUGCACGGUGCCAGUUUUGCCACGCUCUUAUCUCACAUCACCCACAAGGGGCCAACGGUGCUGCUAGUACGAGACACGGAGGGGCAUCUGUUUGGGGGCUUUGCUUCAGAGAGCUGGGAGAUAGGGCCUAGUUUUGUCGGAUCUAGUAGGUGUUUCUUAUUCAGCCUGUCCCCUAAAGUAGGAAUCUACGAGAGCAGCGGUCAGAAUGACCACUACAUGUACCUGAACAUCGACCAACAAACACUACCAAAUGGAUUGGGAAUGGGCGGCCAGUUUGACUAUUUUGGACUCUGGAUAGACCAAGAGUUUGGCCAGGGCCACAGCAGAGCCAGACCCAAGUGCCUGACCUACGACAGCCCACAGCUCUCAGCUAAGGAGGACUUCACCAUUGACUUGGUGGAGGUGUGGGCAGUCGGUGCCCCACCAAAGAAAACAGAAGAAGAGGAUGAGAAUGCCAAGAAGAGCAUCUUAGACAAGGACCCGGAGGCCCAGGCUCUCCUGGAGCUGAUCGGCAAGGGAAGGAAGAGCGAGGGACUCAGGGAGGAAGAUCCGAUGGCCGAUAUACCAGAGGUGCACAAAUUACCCACCAAAUAGAAGGCGCUCUUUAUGUCACCAGGAAGUCCUUGCGAUGGAUCACAUGUCCAUCACAUGUCCAUCACAUGUCCAUUACAUGUCCAUCACAUGUCCAUUACAUGUCCAUCAUAUGUCCAUCACAAGUCCAUUACAUGUCCAUCACAUGUCCAUCACAUGUCCAUCACAUGUCCAUCACAUGUCCAUUACAUGUCCAUCACAAGGCCAAAGUCAACUCACAAACUAUCCAAAAUGAAAUGUGACAAAAGCCAUUAAUACUUUUAUUGUUCAUCCACUGGUACUUGUGACUGGACUUAUGAUUGGCUUGUGACUGGACUUAUGAUUGGCUUGUGACUGGACUUAUGAUUGGCUUGUGACUGGACUUAUGUCUGGCUUGUGACUGGACUUAUGAUUGGCUUGUGACCGGACUUGUGAUGUCCUUGUGAUCCAUCACAAGGACCUUGACCACAACAUUGCCAACGAGACGGAGGGCUCUGUCACGAUAACUCACCUUGGAGAGAGCUGUGAAGGCAGAGUUGCCACAUACUUGGUCGAUUUUAUUAAAGGAACGGUAGAUCAUUUGCAGCCAUCCAAAAAAAGUAACUGACCAAGUUAUUGUUAAAAAGCUUACUUGGCUUAAAGAUGG